CGAGGCGAGGCGAAGGGGGAGGAGUCAUCGGAAGGCGUCUUCAUACACCCUUCCUUUCUCUUUGCUCUUUCCCCGUUCUCUCUCUCCUUCUCUACACACCUCAUUCCGUCGAUCUCUUUUGCGAUCUCCUCCUCUUUCUCGCCGCGAAGAUGAGAGAGUGCAUCUCGAUCCACAUUGGCCAGGCCGGUAUCCAGGUCGGGAAUGCGUGCUGGGAACUUUACUGUCUCGAGCAUGGCAUCCAGCCUGAUGGCCAAAUGCCUGGUGACAAGACUGUUGGCGGAGGUGAUGAUGCAUUCAACACCUUCUUCAGUGAGACUGGUGCUGGAAAGCAUGUUCCCCGUGCUGUGUUUGUUGAUCUUGAGCCCACCGUGAUUGAUGAGGUGAGGACUGGAACCUACCGCCAGCUGUUCCACCCUGAGCAGCUCAUUAGCGGAAAGGAGGAUGCGGCCAACAACUUUGCCCGUGGCCACUACACCAUUGGCAAAGAGAUUGUUGAUCUCUGCCUUGACCGCAUCAGGAAGCUGGCUGACAACUGCACUGGCCUCCAAGGCUUCCUUGUGUUCAACGCUGUUGGUGGAGGCACUGGAUCAGGCCUUGGAUCCCUCCUCCUUGAGCGUCUCUCUGUGGACUAUGGCAAGAAGUCGAAGCUGGGUUUCACUGUGUAUCCCUCUCCUCAGGUCUCCACCUCUGUUGUUGAACCUUACAACAGCGUCCUUUCCACCCACUCCCUUCUUGAGCACACUGAUGUUGCUGUUCUCCUCGACAAUGAAGCUAUCUAUGACAUCUGUAGGCGCUCUCUCGACAUUGAACGCCCCACCUACACUAACCUCAACCGCCUCGUGUCUCAGGUGAUUUCAUCUUUGACGGCUUCAUUGAGGUUUGACGGUGCCCUGAAUGUUGAUGUCACUGAGUUCCAGACCAACCUGGUCCCUUAUCCUAGAAUUCACUUCAUGCUUUCCUCCUAUGCUCCUGUCAUCUCUGCUGAGAAGGCCUACCAUGAGCAACUCUCUGUUGCUGAAAUUACCAACAGUGCCUUUGAGCCUUCGUCCAUGAUGGCGAAGUGCGACCCCCGCCACGGCAAGUACAUGGCCUGUUGCCUGAUGUACCGUGGUGAUGUUGUCCCCAAGGAUGUGAAUGCGGCAGUCGCCACCAUCAAGACCAAGCGCACCAUCCAGUUUGUUGAUUGGUGCCCGACUGGCUUCAAGUGCGGCAUCAACUACCAGCCACCAACUGUUGUGCCAGGUGGUGAUCUCGCAAAGGUGCAGAGGGCUGUGUGCAUGAUAUCCAACUCCACUAGCGUUGCUGAGGUGUUCUCCCGCAUCGACCACAAGUUUGAUCUCAUGUAUGCUAAGCGUGCCUUUGUUCACUGGUAUGUGGGUGAGGGCAUGGAGGAAGGGGAGUUCUCCGAGGCCCGUGAGGACCUUGCUGCGCUCGAGAAGGACUAUGAGGAGGUUGGCGCAGAGUCUAAUGAGGGAGAAGAGGGUGAUGAAGGUGACGACUACUAAGUAGCUGAUGUUUUAUCUUUCCAUCUCUCGGUCUGUUGUUGUGUACUUUUCAGCAGUGUCUGCAUUAUCUGCUUAUGUUGUUGGUUGCUUGUUGAUGUUCUGUCGUGUUAUCUUUGAUGAACCUCUCCCGCAUCUUUAGAUGCCAUGCCCCUUACAAGUUUGUCCUCCGUGAACCUUAUCUCUAAAAUGUUGCUGUGCCCUUGCCAGUGUGCUCUCUAUGGAUGGUUUGUUUCUUGUUAUGGAGUUUACUGUUUGUCA